GCAGUGAUAAACAUUGACAAGCAGCUGUUUCUGCAUGUUAGCGCUCACGUGGAAGAUUUUCCAGUGCAAGUCAGUGUUGAAGAAGCAGCUCAUUUCUAACCCCAACAACAUCAUGGAGCCUGUCAUUAAAAUAAACCCCGGAGCGUCGAAGUGGGACAUCCGUCAGAGGGUUUGGGACUACAUAGAGGAAAAGAACUUGGCUAACUUUCCCAGGCCUGUCCACAACAGAAUCCCAAACUUUAAGGCAGCCAAUCAAGCAUGCAACAGGCUUGCAGAGCUUCAGGAGUAUAGGUCAAGCCAGACAGUGAAAGUAAACCCAGACAGGCCUCAGCAGCAGGCUCGCUUUAUCACGCUGGAAGGGGCUUUCGGAGCCUGCAGCAAAGUGGCAGAGUUGCAGACUUUCGCCCAGACGGCCGAGGUGAAGGUGGACCCUGACAAACCUCUGGAGGGUGCUCGGUUCGCGGUGCUGCAGGCACAGAAGACUUUGUUGGUUCCAACUCCUCGUCUUCGCUCUGGUCUCUUCAACAAGAUCACCCCGCCGCAGGGUGCCAACAAAGAACAGCUGCGUGUUUGUGCUUCAUCUCAGGGUGUGAAGGACUUCAGUGUUCCUGUUGGCCUGGAUGCAAAAGUGAAGGUUGACUUGGUGGUGGUUGGCUCAGUGGCGGUUUCUGAGAAAGGUUGUCGGAUUGGAAAGGGAGAGGGUUAUGCUGAUCUGGAGUGGGCCAUGAUGGCUUCGAUGGGAGCUGUGAAUGAUUCCACUGUGGUCGUCACUGUUGUCCAUGACUGCCAGGUGGUAGACAUUCCAGAGGAGCUGAUGGGAAGUCAUGACCUGACUGUUGAUUACAUCCUCACACCAACCAGAGUCAUUAAGACUGAAUGCAAGCUGCCCAAACCACAGGGAAUCAUCUGGACUAAGCUGGACGCAGAAAAGUUGGAGAAAAUUCCCAUCCUGAAGAAGCUGCGUGCUCUGGAGGAACAGGCUGGGAAGGACGUGACUCUGGGGACAGCGUCGCAUGCAGCAGAGCCCGGUCUGCAAACUAACCAACCGAAAAGACAACCCAGACGGAGGCCAAGGCGGAAUACACAACAGGAUACUGAGGGAGAAACCAGCCAGGAAUCUAGACGGGAGAAAAAAGGAGAGGCAGAUCAGAAACCCAGACAGCAGCCUGCUAGAGCCAGGAAAGACAGCAGGGGAAGUGGCAGAGGAGAUGAGGAGGGAGAGGCUGGCAAAGCGGUGAAAGGUAGGAGCAGGAGGAUGGUGAGGGAGCAGGGCCCAGAGGAAGGUAGAGGUGAAGCGACGACCCAGCGGAAGCUCCCUCAAAGUGUGACCACCGUGUACCUGGGAGGAAUCCCCGCCGGGCUGCGCGUCAGCGAGCUGAAGACCGCGCUGAGGGAGAGGAACGCCGCCCCGCUGAGGCUCACCUGGCAGGGCGCACAGCACAGAGCCUUCCUGGACUACAGCGACCCUCAGGUGGCAGACCAGGCCCUGGAGGCGCUGCAGGAUCUGAGCCUGAACGGUCACAGCCUGCAGGCCGAGCUGGCCAAGAGCCAGCGGGGACACAAGAGGUCCGGACAGAGACAAAAACCAUUCGCGGCUGCGAAGUCAAAAGCGUCCCCGCCAGAUGCUAAAAGUGACGCCGCCAAGGAGGCAGAUCAGUAACAGCAGCAGGCAGCAUACCGCCACAAAGUAUCUUCAUAUUAAUGCAUGUUUAAUAUCUUUAGAAGUGUUGUUCUGUUUUUAUCAUUUCAAAUGGAAUCUGUUACAUGAGCUUAAUGUUCGUUGUAGUUUUCCAGCAAAAACAAGACUUGAAGGUGUGAGGAAAUUAAACGUAGGGUCAGUAUCAAACAUUUCCUGAAUUGUAUUUGUUGUAACAUUUGAAAUAAGCUUAAAGAUUCCCACAUGUGCCUUUCUCUGUUUACACCCAACUCUCACUCCAUGUGUUUAGGUGAUCUUCCUGCCUGAAGGUUUAUUUUGUGUAAUGUCUUGCUGCAGGUCAUGAUGUUUCUGUAGCUUUCUGUUCUAAUUUAAAGACGCACUAAAUUUAUUUUUCAUAGUCAAGCUUUUCCAGCUAUAAAAAAGCUUUUAGGGCUGAUCGUCUGCUGGGGAAAAAAAACUAAACAGGAAAAAACGACGCAAAUGACUCCCACCAUCUGGAAACCGUGUAAAUGAUAUUGAUUAUGGAUGCAUGAGACUUUACAGUGACAUUUCAAAAACCUUUCAGUUUGCAAGAAAACUUGCAUGCACAAAGUUGCCAUGUCUUUAAUUUAUAUGUUUUUUUUAAAGCAUUCAUUUUUCGUUUUCUUUGAUCAAAUUCUAAAAAACAGAAGUGUUGUCAAAUUUUGUAUUUAAGAUGGCAUUGGAAACCACUGAAACCACACAUGUCCCACUGGACAAACUCAAAGUCAAACCUUUUGUGCUAUUUUAGCUAAGAUUUAUGUAAAUCUAGAUAGUCUAGAGAGCCCUAGUUUGGCCGCAAUUAUUUUUUGAGUUAUUUGUGUGAUUUAACCUGCAAAAUUCAGGUGUUGUAGUUCGAGUUUAAGAUCAUUGUUUGUAUUUUUGUGUAAAGCCGUUACGUUAAGGCAGGCUUGCUUCUUAGUCAUUUGAACUUUUUUUUACUGUGACAUCCUGAUUCGAUCCUCUGUUUAAUCUGUUUGAUAACACUAUUAAAGCACCCAGUCAUAACUAGA